AUGAUUUCUUUUCUCUUCGUCAUUGUUGCUUGCGAUAUCGACGAUGACGAAGAAGAAAAUGAAAUUUUUGAAGAAGUCUACGAUUGGAAUGAUUAUAUUGAUGCGAAUCUUCAUUAUGCCAAUAAUUCGCAGGAUUUACCACCUCGGUCGAAGUAUGCAUUCGUUUCAUCGUAUUCAAAUGAUCUUGCACCAUCAUUUGAUUAUAUUCAGAUGCUAACUGUCCUCGGGCACUCAUUAAAAAUGUUUAAUCCAACGAUUGACCGAGUUGUUAUUGUGAGAGAAGAGUUCAGAAGAGAUGCAGCCAUUUGUAGAAUCCUGGAAAAAGCAUGGACGCAUAUAUUAUUUAGGCCAGUUUUGAAAUGGCCGGAACAAUUUAAUCCGAAAAAGCUAUAUCAUGCAAAAUGGUUCAAAUUUCAAGCAUGGACUUUAACGCAAUAUGAAAAAAUAUUAUAUAUCGGAGCAGAUACAAUGAUUUUUACAGAUCUUACACAAGCAUUUCGAUGGAAUACACCAUCGUCAGCCUAUUAUAUGACGGAUUAUGGUCCUAAAGAUAAUGGUGUCAUGUUCAAUCCAGAUUUUAUGCUCAUUGAGCCAGAUUUAUUAAAAUAUGUUGAACUUCUCGAAACAACUACGAAAUAUCUGAAAAAUCCUGGAAAGGAUGAUAAGACAUUAGGUAAGGAUGAUUUGGCACCACUAAAUAUUGUAUACAGAAGCGAAAUUUCACUUUAUCCUCUUGCAAUCAUGCAUGAAAACGGAGGAUACAAACAUACCAUACUCGGAAAUGCUCGUGACCCUCAGUUCCGCUACAUCUACGCUUGUGGUGUUCAUUUUGCCGGGAAAGGAAAACCGUGGAACAGAUGGAGCGCUUAUACAGAGAUUUGGAAGUGCAUAGGGUUUGUUUUCUACGAGAAACUUGAUCUUCCGUUCAAGUUACGCAACGUUCCAAUCAAUGCUAAUGCGAUUUACAAAAUGAUUUUUGAUGUUUACGUAAAAGAAGGUCGAAAGUUCAUUGUUCUUGAGCAGGAAGAGGAAGAAGAGCAAGGUGAUGACUUCUAUCCAGAAAUUGUCCAUUCAGGCACUAGAAGAGUCAUGUCCAUGAUUUGUUUGAUCACUUUCAUUUCUUUGCUCGCGCUGAAGUUCAUAAUUAGGUCGCAUCAGCCGCUAUCUAUAUUCUUUAAGAAUAUGCAGAACCGUAUUGACUUGUUCAUCGCUCUGGAUGAAACUCCGAACAUGCCUGCACUUAUUGGUGACUACAACAAAAAGGCAAAGAAAAGAAGGAGGAAAAAGAAGAAAAAUCUCCAAGAUACACCAAAAAUCAAUGAAGAUAUUGAUGAAUAA